UACAUACAUACAUACAUACAUACAUAUAAUACUUGGGUAUAAGCCAAGGAUCCCAGGGAUUCGGUUGAACCCGCCAUAAAAUAACAUUUCUAUGAGCUCUUCGACAACCAAAAUUACAAUGUGUUUCGGCAGCGGCGAACCCUCGCGCAAGUACUACUACCAUGAGGAAUACAUCCCCACGAGAAAGGCCCACCACCACCAUCAUCACCACUCGUCUACGCCACGAGCUAGCUACCAUUCGCAUCACACACACCACAGCCCCCGCGUGAGCACAGUCAGUUACCGCCGCAGCACUCCCGUACUGUACGAGAGGACCAGCCAGACGAGAUACCGCUGAUACAUCAUUAUCCAUAUAUUUUUCGACAAAUCAUAAUAUCUACCUAACCUACCUACCUACGAUACCUUUGAAUGCGGCCGACAUGAGAAACGAAACGCCGCAUUUUUUAUAAGAAGACUACCUACCUAUACGGAAAAGAAGAUUGGGCUGGUUGGGGAUAAACUUUUUAUAUAUGAUUUUUUAAUACUUGGUCUAUAAUAUAUCUUUUCUUUUCAGACAUAGUUAAUGGAAUUUUCACGAAGUAUGAAUUUGGAUCAAGACUGGAGGUACAAUACAUACAAUGCGGGAAGAGUUGGAACAUUCCAGCUUUGAGCUUUGGAGCUUGGGCCAAGAUAGGGUUAGGGUCAAAGAAAUGACAUCAUGAUGGUUCUUUAGCUCCCUUUCGUUCGUCAUCUACUAUACUGAAGCUCAACACUUACCUGUAUUCUCUACGGGCGUAUCCAUGCUUACUUGUGCAAAUGUGAUGUAUGCUUUUUUAGUAAGAGGGUUAAAGAGGGAAUCGAUUUGAGACAUGAAUCUUACUGCUUUCAACAAAUGUUAAGAAUUUGAUUAAUAUUAAUAUCUUCAUGCCUACGGAUUAGAUG